CUUUGAUUUAAGUAAUGCAUAAAUAAGGAUAUCAUAAAGACAAAUGUAACGUUCAAAAGAGCAUAAGGGCCUGACGAAACUAGAAAAGGUUAACCAGUAGAUAUUAAAUCAAAAGUUCAAAGUGUAUUGGUUUAUUGAGUAAGCCCUACAAGGACAAAAAGAUGCAAGAAGAUAUAGUUAUUAUAUAUCAGCCAGACGUUGAUAUUCAGAAUAGCAAACAGCAGCAAAGAAUCACUACCACACGACCACCAGAUUUGACUUGCGAGGCAUGGUUUGUUUGUUGUUGUUGUAUUCCUCCUCUUGGAGCAGUUGCUGUAGCAUUGGUACUCGAUGCAAACUCAGCAGCUGAUAGAGGAGACUUUGAUCGCGCUCGUGUCAGUGCAGGCAUCGCUGGAAUUCUUAUAGUAGGAAGUUUUUUCGGUGGAUUAUGUCUUCUAUUAAUACUAGCUAUCGUUCUACGCAUUUAAAUUAUACAUCUUUGUUCAAUGUAUAGUUUUUUUUAACAUCAAUAAAGUUAUUCACUGUGUUUGUGUUCGUGAUAACGUAUAUUCAAAUUUAUUUUUAUUUUGAGGUUCAUGACUGAAGAAAAAAACAAAUAUUUAUCUGAGAUUUCAACAUUUUUGUGUGUUAAGCAAACAAUAUAACUGGACUUGUAAAGGAUAGUCAAUGACAAUCACAAAGUAGAAAAUACAUCAAGUGAAAACAAAUAUUAACAAUUAUUCACGGUUUAUAAAAUGUUCGA